GUAUUCACAGAAAAUGCCAUUCCUCUUUAUGCACAGUAUUCAUAGAAUUUUUAUGUGUAAUUUUAUUGCGCUUCAUGGCUCUAUCUAGAGGUCGUAAGUCCCGUUUUUUUUUUAUUGUGGAACAGAAAAUACCAAAAAAUGCUCCUUUACCUUGAAAGUGUGAGAUACCAUGGACCGAAUCACGUCAUCCAGCAGGUGGCGCUCGGAACGCUCCUCACGUGCAGCACUCUCGAGCUACCUCGUAUUUUACUUAGCAGGCUAGCUAGCAGUCGUUUGGGUGAAGUGAAGUGAAGUGAAGUGAAGUGAAGUGAAGAGAAGACUCACGGGGAAUUAAAAUCUUCAUAGAUUUUUAAGUAGUUAAAAUUCAUUUAACCCUAUUGACAAGUUAAUUUAAUGAAAUCUAUAUACUAAACUAACUAAUAAUCUAAUGGUAAUGUUAUUCGUACCUAGCUGGAUAGCUACCUUUAGGACCACACACUGGUGAUGAGCAUAAACUUCAGUGAAAAAAAUGAAUUGCAUCAUUGAAGGAAAUGGUGUGAAAGUUUUUGGAAAGGCAGUUCAUGCUCUGUCGCGUAUCGGUGAGGAUAUUUGGUUGGACCCACUGGAGAAAGGGCUGGCUGUUAGGACAGUGAACAAGACCCAUUCGGCCUAUGCUUGCUUCCUCUUCUCUCCGAUGUUUUUCCAGCAUUAUACCUCAACUUCAGACCAGGGACAGGAUAAUAAAUCUGCAAAAUGCAAAGUAUCCUUAAAGGAAUAACCAAGACACACAACUUGGGGUACCAAGAAUGUGAAGCACUGCAAGCAGUUUUUCCAGCUCACCUGUGUCCCAACAUUUUUAAGGCACAUCCAAAGUAGGUUUAUAACUAUUAUGUAUAAGAUAUUUACCUAUGAAUAAUUCAUACUUGUCAUUCAAACACAUCUUCUUGAGUUAUCAUAUAUUGUCAGAGAUAAUUAUGAAGUAUUUAUAAUGAUACAGUCAGGUCCAGAAUGCUUGUAAAUUUAUUCUAGGAGAUUAUCAAAAGUCUUAGCAAAACUGUGUUUUUAGCAGUGCCUGUGUUGCAAUUGCUGGCACCUCUGCAUUUAAUACUCAGUGUAUAAUCUCUCUGUAUAAUUUCUUUUUAUGCAAAGCCCACCUUGAAUAUUCGUAGCCAAAUAGCUUUAUUUUUUGUCUGGGACCAUCAAAUAAAUGUAAGCAUCUAGCAAACUUCAGGUGUUUACAUUUGUGGUUAGAUGAAAGGAAGAUUUUCUUUUGGUGUGCCUUCCAAAUAGUUUUGGAAUAGAGCUAAUGUGCAAUUGUUAACAUGGAGACUUGGUGAUAUUAUUCAAAUCGUCAGCCUAACCAUCAUAGGUGAAUGGGAGUCCCAGUAUCCUAACAAGGGAUAUGGGCAUUUUCAGGCAUGUAGUGUUUUUUUUUUUUUUAAGCCUUAUGUUGUAAUUUCUUUUGUGUAAUCUUUAAUCUUCCCCAUGUUGAUGAAAGACUGUAAUGAUAGUCAUUCAACAAUAAUGGGAAUUAUUAUAGAAUUAUUAAUAAUAAAAGUAUAAUAUACACCCAACUAAUGCUUUAUUAGGAAUAUUAUACUAAUACUGGAUAGGGCCUCCUUUUGCUCUCAGAACAGCUUCAGUUCUUCACAGCAUGGAUUCCAUGUUGGUAAAUAUUCCAUUGAGGUCCUGCAGAUAUUUUCAGUGCAAAUCUCCUGUUCUUCCACAUCCUAAAGGAUUCAGGAUGUGGCAUUCAAGUGAUGAUUCAUUAGUAUUAACAGACUCAAAGUGUGGCAAGAAAACAUUCCCCAUACAUUACAAAUUAUGGUGACCUUGUACUCGCUGCAUCCUCAAGCUUUCUGUUCUUGGCUGACAGAAGUGGAGCCCAAUGUGGUGCAUCAUACAGGCCUAAUUUUCUGUGUUUCACUGCUGCUACACAAUUCACUGGUUAGAUAAUUAGUGUUCCUAAUAAAUUUUUUAGUGAUCUUUUAAUAACUUUUUGUUUAAUAAGAUUUUCUGGGGGUGUCAAUAAUUGUGAUACACUGUUUUGUUUAAAAAUGAUAUUCGGUGAUAUAUUUUGUUUUGUAGCUGGUAUGUACAAAUUAUAUCUCUUAUAUACACUAUAUUGCCAAAAGUAUUCGCUCACCCAUCCAAAUAAUCAGAAUCAAUAAUGUUCCAAUCACUUCCAUGGCCACAGGUGUAUAAAAUCAAGCACCUAGGCAUGCAGACUGUUUUUACAAACAUUUGUGAAAGAAUGGGUCGCUCUCAGGAGCUCAGUGAAUUCCAGCGUGGAACUGUGAUAGGAUGCCACCUGUGCAACAAAUCCAGUCGUGAAAUUUCCUCGCUCCUAAAUAUUCCACAGUCAACUGUCAGCUGUAUUAUAAGAACGUGGAAGUGUUUGGGAACGACAGCAACUCAGCCACGAAGUGGUAGGCCACGUAAACUGACGGAGCGGGGUCAGCGGAUGCUGAGGCACAUAGUGCGAAGAGGUCGCCAACUUUCUGCAGAGUCAAUCGCUACAGACCUCCAAACUUCAUGUGGCCUUCAGAUUAGCUCAAGAACAGUGCACAGAGAGCUUCAUGGAAUGGGUUUCCAUGGCCGAGCAGCUGCAUCCAAGCCAUACAUCACCAAGUGCAAUGCAAAGCGUCGGAUGCAGUGGUGUAAAGCACGCCGCCACUGGACUCUAGAGCAGUGGAGAUGCGUUCUCUGGAGUGACGAAUCGCGCUUCUCCAUCUGGCAAUCUGAUGGACGAGUCUGGGUUUGGCGGUUGCCAGGAGAACGGUACUUGUCUGACUGCAUUGUGCCAAGUGUAAAGUUUGGUGGAGGGGGGAUUAUGGUGUGGGGUUGUUUUUCAGGAGCUGGGCUUGGCCCCUUAGUUCCAGUGAAAGAAACGCUGAAUGCUUCAGCAUACCAAGACAUUUUGGACAAUUCCAUGCUCCCAACUUUGUGGGAACAGUUUGGAGCUGGCCCCUUCCUCUUCCAACAUAACUGUGCACCAGUGCACAAAGCAAGGUCCAUAAAGACAUGGAUGACAGAGUCUGGUGUGGAUGAACUUGACUGGCCUGCACAGAGUCCUGACCUCAACCCGAUAGAACACCUUUGGGAUGAAUUAGAGCGGAGACUGAGAGCCAGGCCUUCUCGUCCAACAUCAGUGUGUGGCCUCACAAAUGCGCUUCUGGAAGAAUGGUCAAAAAUUCCCAUAAACACACCUAAACCUUGUAGACAACCUUCCCAGAAGAGUUGAAGCUGUUAUAGCUGCAAAGGGUGGACCGACGUCAUAUUGAACCCUAUGGAUUAGGAAUGGGAUGUCACUUAAGUUCAUAUGCGAGUCAAGGCAGGUGAGCGAAUACUUUUGGCAAUAUAGUGUAUCUCUCAUAUUUUCAACGAAGUAUUAACCCAAUUUUUGGAUAUCUUUAGGGAUCUUUAGAUACGUCUUGUUUGAUAUGUUUCACUCAACAUAAGAGAUUUUGGUAUUUUCUCAGACUUCUCAGUGACAUUGUGGUGCACUUCCCUGUCUCACAAGAGGAAAUCACACUAUCCAUUUCACCCACAAGGGUGAUACUAAAGAAUUACUUUGAUGAGGACAAUGGUCAGGAAUUUAUUUAAUUGAUUUUAUUUUCUUAAAUUUUCUGCUUUUGUACUUAAAUUUUUAAUGGUUUGCACACAGAUCGCAUCAUGUUUACAGAGAUGUUUCUACAUCCUGAUGAGUUUGACUACUUCCAUCUCAGAAUGGACUCAGAUAUAACCUUCUCUCUCAAAGAACUGAGGGUAAGAACUAGGAAAUCUUUUUGACAGUCAAUUAAAAGAAUAAAUUCAAGGGCUAUAUUGUGGAAGAGGCUUAUGUGUGUAUUCUGAUGUUAUAAGCAUGUUGAUGGUUAAUGCUGUAAAUAGUUCCAGUAACAAUGAUUUUUUUAGAACCUGUUCAGAAUACAUACUACAGUUGGCCCAUGGUUGCACACAACAUACAGUGCAAGCAAAACAAAAGUUUGCAGUGAGUUUGGCUUAUAAGUGAACACAACACAAACAAAUUGACAAGUAAUAAUAGAGCUUUGAUGAAUGUGAAAUUCCAUAUAUGAGAUGCUCUUUUGCCAGUUAGUUUUUUGCCAGUUCAAAUCAAAUGUCAACGUGUGGUGUGUUAGAAAUGAUGUUAGCAUUUGGCCAUAAUGUGCAUUUGUUGUAAGAAAAGUCAGAGGUUCUAGGAUAGCUUGUUAAUAUUCAUUUUCUUAUGACUUGCUUUUAUCCAGUUGCUUGGAUUUUAGCAUUCAUUUAUUUAGGUAAUUAUAGGUACACAGAAGACCUACAGGACUCAAAAUCAUGAAAUUGUUUUCCACAUAGGAUGCACAUACUAAAAUGAUUUAUGCCAGAUGUAUGUGAUAUAUAUUUUUAUUCGCAGAUGCUGUUAGUCUUAAUUAGAUUUUUUUUUUUCAUUUAGUUUUAUAUUGAGACAGAAUUGCUUUAGACCUGCAAUUCUUAGUCUAAUACUUAGUCCUGAGCUUACUCAUAUAACCCCUGACUCGGAUUUUAGUAGCUUGGAGUAAUCAGUUACAUGUGUCUGGACUGGCUGUCCUGGAUGGUAUCUUUAUAGAAUGCUGUGUGUAUGUCAGUGGCUGAUACAAAAAGACAGAUGUCUGGACUCAGCUGCAUUGCUGGGCCACUAAUCUGUCACAGUGAGUUACAGAGUUGGAUAGAACACAGUGUCCAUGACUGAUUCUAAGUAAGUAAUACAUUUGAAUGGAGUGAGUAGGGGUCAUACAAUCCUGUAUCAGGUCAGUAUGUUCUAAAUAGUUAUAUAUUGUAGAUUGCUGAUGUGAUGGAUGGUAAUACUCUUUCCUGAUGUCCUAGACCUUUAUUAUUAUUAUCAAGACACAGCUAGUUAAAUA